AUGUACGCCUCAGUUCUCUCUGCCAUCGCCUUUGCAGUCCUCAUCGCUGCCAAGCCCUCCCGUCUCGACUCUCGUGACGGUAACGGCCAGUGCGCCACCGGCACGCUUUCCUGCUGCAACAACGCCCUUUCCCCGCACGACGCCCAAGCUCCCCUCGGACAGCUCGGGCUCGGCGACCUCCUGAACGGCAUCGCGGGCCAGGUUGGGGUCCAGUGCAACCCCAUCACCGGUAUUGGCGCGGGCCAGGGCGCGACCUGCACCCAGGAGCCUCUCUGCUGCGAUCACGAUAACUAUAACGGUCUCAUCAGCCUUGGCUGCAACCCGGUCAACGUCGCUGCCUAA